AUGGCCUGCCUUUUGCUGGUUGGUUGGGUGCUGUUGAGCUUGGGUACCAGCAACACGCAGGCAGCUGACUGCACAUUUGCAGAUGCAGCAAGUGUCAAGUUGGGGAAGAGGUCUUGCAGAAUGAUCACGCUCUCCAGCAUCAAGGUGCCAGCUGGGCAGACGCUGGACCUGACGGGUCUCCGUACAGGCACAAAGGUGAUCUUUGAGGGCACGACCACAUUCGGUUACGAGACUUGGCCUGGCCCAUUGAUCGCGGUGUCGGGCAAGAACAUCGACAUUAGCGGGAGCAGCGGGUCGGUGUUGGACGCGGGAGGAGGGCAGUGGUGGGAUGGGAAGGGAAGCAACGGUGGCAAGACGAAACCGAAAUUCUUGUUCGCUCAUGGGCUGAUCAACAGCAGCAUUCGAUAUCUCAACGUCAAGAACACGCCGGUACAAGCGUUCAGCAUCAAUGGUUGCUCCAACUUGAGAGUAGAUCACGUAACAAUCGACAAUUCAGCAGGCGAUGUGAAUCGACUGGGACACAACACGGAUGCAUUUGAUGUGGGAAACUCGGACGGUGUGUUCAUCACGAACGCCAACGUUCGCAACCAAGAUGACUGCCUUGCGAUCAAUUCGGGAACCAACAUCCUCUUCUCCGGCGGCUACUGCUCUGGAGGUCACGGCUUGUCGAUUGGUAGUGUGGGCGGUCGCAGCGACAAUACAGUGGACGGUGUGCAUAUCGUCAACUCGCAAGUGGUCGACAGCCAGAACGCGGUGCGCAUCAAGACAGUGUCGGGUGCUACGGGUGUGGUGAAUAAUGUGACGUAUUCCAACAUCAAAUUGUCGGGUAUUUUCAAGAACGGGAUCGAUAUUCAGCAAGACUACCUGAAUGGCCGACCAACGGGCAAGCCGACCAACGGUGUUAAGAUCACCAACAUCCACAUGAACGGCAUCACAGGGACGGUCAACCCGGGAGCGACAGAGGUGUAUGUGCUUUGUGGUCAAGGAUCGUGCUCGAGAUGGCGAUGGUCCGGUGUGUCGAUCAGCGGUGGUCUGAGGAGUACCAAAUGCACUGGAGUUCCCUCAGGAGCAUUUUGCUGA